GUGGAUAGAUGCUGCGUUCGUUUAGAACAAAAAGUUUUACGCCUGAGGGAGAUUUGCAACUAAUUAAUUUCUGUUACAUUGCGCCGUUGAUGUCGACUCUGGAAACAAUAACAUCAUGGACCUGAAGAAGGGUAUCUUGCAGUCCCCUUCAAACAGAAAGGUGUGCCGUAACCUGUUUGGCCCUGUUGACCGGGAUCAGCUGCAUGCUGAGUACCAAGAAAUUCUGCAGAAGGUGACUCGGGACUCGGCCCUCAAGUGGGGUUUUGACUUUGUGAAUGAGACCCCACUGGAGGGUAGCAACUACCAGUGGGAACGUGUUCCUAGUGGCAAAGUACCUGCACUGUACCGCUCCUGUUUUGUGGCUGCCAGCAUACAGGGAAUAAGGCUGGGGAAGGAGAAUGCGCCAGUUGCACUGGAGCAAACUGGCAAGCCCUUUAGCUGUCAGAAUCAGGAAUCCACCCCCAAGAAGUGUUCUUCUGGAGUCCUCAAAAGGAAACAGACCAACAUUACAGAUUUCUACCAGUCAAAGAAGAUGUUUGUGCAAAGGACGGAGAAGGCUUAGCUGUGAGUGCUGACUACUGAGAGACUAUUCCCUUGCUUGGCAAAAGUAGGGGCUAAAGCUGAUUUUUGUCCAUCCAGGCUUUUGUACCUGGGCCUCUUCUGAGAAAUGGACUGACUUGUAAGGAUCUACUCCCAGUACCAUGGUUGGAGGCACACCCAUCUCAAUAAGAGGCCUGAUUGGACAUUGUUGUUUUCUCCCUUUACCUGUUCCUUACUGUCAGAUGUUGAAUGGCUAUGGAGGGUGGUGUAGUUCUUUCAGUUCAAGUGUAGCAAAUUCCUGAUACACCUGGUAUGGCAAGAUUCCUUUUCACUAUAUAUAUAUA